AUGGAGAGCCCACACGAGCACCAGCAGAACCUGCUUCUGUCGCGUAUCAUCACCAACGUGGAAAAGCUAAACGAAUCCAUCGUUGUCAUGAACAAGGCUCUGCAGGAGAUCAACAUCCAAAAUAUGAACAUCGAGUUGGUGGCUCAGAUGUUCAAAAAUUAUCAAUCCAACGUGUUGUUUCAUCUAGAAGCCACCGAUAAUCUCAAAGACCCUGUAUAA